AUGGAAGUCUCAGACCUCGUCAUUUGUGCGCUCGUCGCGCUCGUCACGCUCCUCGUCGCGGCCGUCUUUUACGAAUCGAAGGCGGCGCGGGCGGGCGACGCGGCCGGCGAGGGGCUCAGCGAGCGCGAGGAGCAGAUCAUAGAGCGUAUGACGUUACAGAGCGACAAUCUCGCCGAGAUGCGAGCGAGUAAUAAAAUGAAGCGCGCGCUGGAGGAGUUUGAAGAAAAAAGGGGGAGAUUAAUCCUGGGCACACUGAAUCAGCAGUUGCUUACGAUGUAUAACCUUGGCAUCAGCGAAAAUGUCUCCCUGGAUGAUGAGUUGGAUAGAAUGAAGCGCGCCCUGAAGGAGACUGAAGAAAAAAUGGAGAGAUUAGUUGAUCGAAGGAUGCAGGCCGAAUGCGCCGCGGCCGUGGCCGAGGCGCGGCUGUCUGAUUUGAGAGCUUGGGAAAAAGCGGUGAAGCUAUUCUCCUCGGCGCUCAAAGAUGCGGAUGCGUCAGCUCGCGCGGCCCUCUGCAAGGACCCCGAAGGCGCGAUAGAGAAGCUCAUGGAGGGGCAGACGGUCGAGAAGGUGACGGGGGAGCAGGCCCAGGAAGAUGCGCAACAGUGA